AUGAACAUCAACAACUGGAUGAGCAACUACACUGGACAGUCAGAUUUCACCCUGGUGGGAUUCUUGAGUCAAUCCAAACACCCUGCCCUGCUUGCUGUCAUCAUAUUUGUGGUUUUCCUGAUGGCCUUGUCUGGGAAUGCCCUCCUGAUCCUUCUGAUACACUCUGACAACCGCCUCCACACACCCAUGUACUUUUUCAUCAGCCAGUUGUCCCUCAUGGACAUGAUAUAUAUUUCUGUCACUGUGCCCAAGAUGCUCAUGGACCAGGUCCUUGGGAGCCACAAGAUCUCAGCUGCUGCCUGUGGGAUACAGAUAUUCCUGUACAUGACAUUGGGAGGUUCAGAAUGUUUCCUUUUGGCUGCCAUGUCUUAUGACCGCUAUGUGGCUAUCUGCCAUCCAUUCCGUUAUCCUGUCCUCAUGAGCCACAGGAUGUGUCUCCUCCUGGUAUCUGUCUGUUGGUUCCUGGGAUCCUUGGAUGGCAUCAUAUUCAGCCCUGUCACCAUGACCUUCCCAUUCUGUGCAUCUCAUGAGAUCCAUCAUUUCUUCUGUGAGGCACCUGCUGUGACAAAGCUCUCCUGCUCAGACACUCAGCUGUAUGAGACCCUCAUGUACCUGUGCUGUGUGCUCAUGCUUCUCAUCCCUGUAACAGUCAUUUCAAGCUCCUAUUCAUUCAUCCUCCUAGCAGUUAUCAGGAUGAACUCGAUAGAGGGCAGAAAGAAGGCCCUGGCUACCUGCUCCUCCCACAUGACUGUGGUCAUCCUCUUCUAUGGUUCUGGUAUCUACAAUUACAUGUUCCCUGUCUCCUUCCACACUCCUGAGAAGGACAUGAUGGUGUCUGUGUUUUACACAAUACUCACCCCUCUGUUGAACCCACUAAUCUACAGUCUUAGAAAUAAGAAUGUCACAGAUGCCCUGAAGAAACUGUUGAGUGCAAAACACCUCUUUCAAGAAACAAUAAAGUAA